AUGGGCGAAUCCGCGGACGCAUCCACCACGUGCGUGCGUGCGACGCUGCUGGAAGUCGUUCUCUCCUCGAUGGCCGACGCAGCGUGGACUGCCUGGGAACAGCAGGCGAUCACGACGAUCUUCGGCGUGACCCUCGAUGCACAUAGGCAGGCGUCAUCGUCGGCCACGACCAGCCCGCCUGCGCUUGUCUAUGUCGCGGAUCUUGCGGAGGAACUGCAGGCCGAGCAGCCGGCGCAGCACCCUCCGCAAGCAACGUUGGCCAUGGCCGAUCGUGUGCUGAUUUCGCGCUUGCAGAUGGAGGAGGCGACAGAGAAGAGCUGGGACUAUAUAGUGCAUGCAUGGACGCGGUGCCGCCAGGAAGAAUUGCGUGUAGCGCGGGAGCCUGCCGCGCCCUGGAUCGCCUCGGCCCAGGCCGCGUUGGCGCAUGUCAAGGAGCUGCUCAUUAGCUACGCAGGCAUGGUCCUGGAGAUGCCGGAUAUGUUUCCCUGCGAUACUAAAGACGAUGAAGAGCUGGGACCUGCGGCAUUGGUCCCUACGCUGCUGCAGCUGAGUGUCGCUGUGGACGACGAUGAUCGGGUUGCGCCAUGGUCCGCCCAUGCGUGGGCGAGUGUGCCGCCAUCGAUGGCGUCCACGUUUGUGCGCGAGUUUGUGGAUCGAUUCUGCGUAGACGACUCUAUGGACUCGUUCGACGUGACCCUGGGCGGCGCAUUGCAGGCGAUGACGCAGCGUGUGCUGUACCCGGACGGGCCCAAGGGGGCCGAUGCCAUGGAGGUGGACGACGACGUGCAAAGCGUUCUGGCGCAGAUGCUUGGCAUCCCGAAUCCACGGCGCUCCGCCACACGUACGCCCGGCAUGGACUUGACGCAGCUUGAUUGGCGGCCGAUCCAGCAGGCAUGGGUCGCUCUCAUGCAGCUCAAGACGCUGGCGAAGCACAUUCCUUUCAUGCCAUCGUUUACACCCGCCUGCAGCGCAAGUGAAUGGGAACGCGAGAGCCUGCUUGGCCCCUUACUUCGUCUCUCGUGCUUCCCUGAUGCGUUCCCUGCGAUGGCGCGCGACUCGUUUGCGGAUCCACGCACACGUUCCCCUAUGGAUCUGGACAACACCAUGCAAUCGCUGCGCAUGUCGUGGCGCGUCUCGCAGACCUCCCACUUCCAGAUUUUCAAUGCGAUGAUCCGGGCCGAUGCGACGUCGCGCGAGCAGAUCCUCGCACACUGGGGCACCAUUUGCGAACGAAACGUGAAACGCGGCGCCAUGCAGGUCCGCUCCAAAGAAGUGGCGACCGAUGCGUACAUGGUCAAUGUGUACGACGUGCUCCUCCGCUUUGCCGAGCCGUUUGCCGAGCCUACGUGUGCCAAGAUGGACCGCAUCGACCCAACGUACUUGCGUGUCCAGCGCCGCUGGGAUACCAGCAGCUUUACACGGAUCCUCGCUACGGAGGCAGACGCAAGGGCAUGGCAAAGCGAGGCUGAGCAGCCCACGACGCCGUUCAACUUCAUCACGGACGUGUUUUUCCUGACACAGCGCAUGACGAGCCUUGCCCUCGGCAAAGCGAUGCGGCGCGUCGAGCAGCGUGAAAAAGAACUGGAGCGCCAGAAAAAGCGGUUCGAGGACAUGGAAAACGAGCGGGCGCGGUGGCAGGCGAUGCCGCAUGCGUCGCAGGUGGAACAGCUUUUGCAGCGCGGUCAGGCGCACAUGGACAAGAUUCACAGCGAGAUUCUCGCCGCCCAGACGAUCAUCAUGGAGCGGGAGUUCUUGCAGCGUGUCAUGUCGUUCAUCAGCUUCUCCAUGGUAUGGCUGAUUCGCAUGGCGGCAGGGCCGCACUCGAACUACCCACAAACAGCGCUGACGUUGCCAUUGCCGCCCGAGGUGCCCAGAGCCUUCCAGAUGCUGCCGGAGCACAUCUUCGAGGAUGCAUGCGAUACCGUGCUGUACUACUCGCGCCACCGCCCUGACGUCUUUGAUACGCCGACGCGCGAGAGCAUGGCCGUGUUCUGCACGACCUUCCUUUCGAGUGGCACCUACAUCCGGAACCCCUUCUUGAAAGCAAAAUUGGCCGAAAUGCUCUCGUACAAUGUGAUGCCCUUUGGCUCGCUCACCAUGGGCGUGCUGGGCGAUACCAUCAACUCUCAUCCAUUGGUGAUAGCGCACCUCGUGCCUGCCUUGAUGGCAUUCUGGAUCGAUGCCGAAUCAACAGGCUCCCACACACAGUUCUACGACAAGUUCAACAUUCGAUACCAUCUCGCACAAGUGUUCAAGGCCAUUUGGGAUAACGUGGACCACAAGCAGCAACUACACAAACAGGCGACAGAGCACCAGUCCGACUUUGUCGUGUUCAUCAACCGAUUGAUGAACGACGUCACGUUCCUCCUCGACGAUGCGCUGGACAAACUCGCAGAGCUGCAUACCAAGCAGGCAGAGAUGGACGAAGAAGAACGCUGGCACGAACGUACACCACAGGAGCGCGAAGAGUUUGAAGGGAUCGUACGUGGCAUCCAAUCACAGAUCCGCAGCGAUCUCGGGUUGGGCCAUGAAUUCCUUCGCCUGUUGAUCAUGUUCACCAAGGAAACCAGCGCCUCGUUCAUGUCGCCAGAGAUCGUGGACCGACUGGCAGCCAUGCUCGAUUACAAUCUAGAUGUGCUGGUCGGCCCACGGUGCCAGGAGCUCAAAGUGAAGGACCCAAAACGCGUGGGCUUUGAUCCCAAGAGUCUGCUCAAAGAAAUCCUCUCCGUCUUCCUCAACCUGGCAUCGCACCAGGCGUUUGUGGAAGCGAUCGCACGCGACGGACGUAGCUACCGCCGCGAAACCUUCUCAAAAGCGGCUAGCAUUGCCCAGCGCCAUAUGCUAUUGAGCCCAGCCGACAUCGACACCCUCGCCGACUUGGUGGACCGUGUGGAGCAAGCCAAGCAGGCCGAGGCCGACGAGGAAGAAGACCUAGGUGAGGUCCCCGAUGAGUUCCUCGACCCGCUCCUGGCAACACUCAUGCGUGAUCCCGUGCGCUUGCCGUCCAGUCGUGCUGUGGUCGAUCGAUCGACGAUCAAGGCGCACUUGCUCAGCGACAACACCGACCCCUUCAACCGCAUGCCACUGAAACUUGACGAUGUGGUACCGGACGACGAAUUACGCGAACGAAUCCAGGCAUGGGUAGCAGAGCGCCGCGCCUCCAAGGCCUGA